UCGUGAAGCGCUGAGAGAGACGUGACGAAAGCGGAAUACGGUGAUGAUGAUGAGAACAUCAGCGCGAGUCUGACGACAGCAGAGUUUCGCCUUUCACGCGAGGGGGAAAAAAAGUAGCAGGAUCUUCCAGAAGAGCCUUGGAGCUUAAACGACAUCGAGAUCUCGAGUCCAUCACAGCGAACGCCGGGCGUUACCGGAGCAGGAGCUUUUAUUUCAGUCAAAAGUCUCGUCAUUUAUGGAUCCGCGGUGACCCGAUGCGCGAAGCAGACCUCCAGAGCUGAACUCAGUGAUGGCAUCUUACCAUAGCUUAGAUGAUGACGCAAUGGCUUUGAUGGUCCAAGACACGAACGCGGUGAAGAAAGAAGAGUUCGCGAAGGAAGAGCCGCUCCAAGAGCCGAGUUCGGAGAAGGUGGAUCCGUCUCAGAAGCCGCCUUAUUCGUACGUGGCUCUGAUCGCCAUGGCCAUCCGGGAGAGCUCGGAAAAGAGACUGACCCUCUCCGGUAUCUACCAGUACAUCAUCACCAAGUUCCCCUUCUACGAGAAGAACAAGAAGGGCUGGCAGAACAGCAUCCGACACAACCUGAGUCUCAACGAGUGCUUCAUUAAAGUUCCGCGUGAAGGCGGAGGGGAGCGCAAGGGCAACUACUGGACUCUGGAUCCGGCCUGCGAGGACAUGUUCGAGAAGGGCAACUACCGGCGACGGAGGCGCAUGAAGAGGCCGUUCAGACCGCCAGCGGCUCACUUCCAGCCGGGAAAGGCUCUCUUCGGCGGGGAGGGAUACGGCAGCUACCUCCCCGCGCCCAAAUACCUCCAGUCCGGCUUCAUGAACAACAGCUGGCCGCUUGCGCAACCACCGCCGCCGAUGAGCUACGCGUCCUGCCAGAUGGCCAACGGCAACAUGGGUGGAAUGAAAGGACUGUCCGGUCCGUCGUACAACCCCUACAGUCGAAUGCAAGCCAUGGGCCUGCCGAACAUGAUGAACUCGUACAGCGGGAUGGGGCACCACCAGCACCCGGCGCCGCAGCAGCAGCCCUCGCCGGUUCCGUCCAACUCUGCGGCCGCUCUACAGUUCACCUGCUCCCGGCAGCCGCCAGAGCUCUACUCGUACUGGGACCACGAGGCCAAAAACUCGUCCUUACACUCGCGGAUUGACAUUUGAACCGAGGGAAUG